AUGAAGUUUGCUUAUAAACUUGCAAAAAAUGCAAUCUUUUCUCAAAUCAGCAGUGCCAAUGUGAUCAAGGCAACCAAAGGAGAAAUCUGUGUCAUUUGUCUGGAGGAAACCAAAGCCGAUCGCAUGUUCUCAAAUGAUAAAUGCCUUUACCGUCACUGCUUUUCUUGUGUGAACCAGUUUGUGGAAGUGAAGCUGUGUGGCGGUAAAGUGCCCACAUGCCUUGAUGAUGGAUGCAAGCUAGAGCUCACUCUUGAAAACUGUAGCAAUAUUUUGACGCCAAAGCUGAUUGAGCUUUGGGAACACGAGAUGAAAGAGGAUUCGAUUCCCGCCGCAUAGAGAAUCUAAAACUGUUCAACGUUGAUGUCCAAAACCAAGCUUUCAGUAUGGGAUGAUCCAUCCAAUAAUUUUCGGGCAUGUGUCAAAUGUUCUGGACUAUUCUGCAUCGGUUGCAAAGUACCAUCACAUUCUGGAUUAUCGUGCGUGUAGUACAAGAAACUUCAUUCUGAGCCUCUAGUUAAUGAAUUGAUGCUAAAGUUUCUUGCAAAAGACCAAAAGUGGCGUCAAUGUGUCAGCAACCACAAGUAUUGCAGAUAUGGGUAUCAGUUUUGCUACAAAUGUGGAGUUGAAUGGAAAGAAGGUCAAAUGACUUGUCCUACUGGUUGCACACUUACUGACCAUGGUGAUUCUGAUGAUGACAAUGAAGAUGGUUUAUUGAUAUUUGGAAAAAGUCACUGUUAG